CUCUCACCCACAUCGUCGUCUAUCCCAAGUCCUUCGUCGCUUGCUGCUCCUGCGCCUGCACCCGCCUCGCGCGCUCUGCCCAUCUUCCACGCGUUCCGCACCGCGACUUCCUCUGUCCGCGAGCGCGCUCGCGGCCCGGCCUUCUCGCCUGCGAUGGCCACCUGCACUGCAACCAGCACUGCGCCCGCCAUGUCGCUGCCGCGCAGCAGCAGCAAUGCUUCCAUGGCCUCGACAUCCUCAAGCAGCUCGAGCAGCACGGCGCCGCGCUCGCUGCUCUCGCACGCAGCCUUCAGCCUCAACGCCCUCUCCUUCUUCCUCGCCUUUCUCAUCGUCGACUGCAUGACAUUUCCCGCCGCCGGACCGUCUGCCGCACCGCCGCCGCCCGCAGCGACGGCACCCGCGACGCCGCGCCGCUUCGGCCUCUUCGGCCCGCGCCGCCGCCGCACGCCGUCCGAGGAGGGCCGCUUCCUCGCCGUGCCGGCCAAGUCCUCCUCCGGGCUCCUGCGGCCCGUCUCUCCUCCUGCUUCUCCGCGCUUCACAGCCGCAGCAGCAGCAGCCCAGCCGCGCACGCCCGCAAAGGGCGUCUUUGGCUUCGGCCGCGCGCGCGCCGGCAGCGACAUCGAGGUGCGCGAGCUGAGCCGCAUCCGCAGCGAGGAGGAGCUCAAGGAGCGCCGCGGCAGCGGCGGCAAGGCGGCGCUGGGCCACUACCAGAAGAAGAUCUUUGAGAAGCAGGUCGUGCGCGCCCUCUCGCUGCAGCCGCUCGUGCGCCUCGUGCUCCUCGUCCUCUUCCUCAGCCUCGCCCUCACGGCGCUGCUCUUCCUCUUCGCCUCGCCGCCCACGCGCAGCCUCGUGCUCGGCGCCGCACUGGGGCCCUUGUCCAAGGGUGCGGCACAGGCGCAGCUGGGCUGGCGACGCGUGCGUCGCGCCGUUGAUCCGAACGGCCGCAUCGCGAGCUCCAUCACGAGCGUGCUGAGCGCUGUGCGUGUCGACAACCAGCGGCGGUGACGAGCUGUUGCUCUCGAGCGAGCUCCGUUCUCAAGCGACCACUGCGCUCUUCACGACCUCACCCACGCCUGCGCGCACUGCUGCCUCACCACGCUGCGCUGCCCUCCCACCCGUCACGCCUGUAGAACACCUGUACCACCACCACCGUCACGUCCUGCCGCUUCGCCUUCGCCCGCUUCACGACCUUCCUCUCUGCCCACAAUCCUUGCCUUUCCACCGUCACCCGCAAUUCUACACUAUGCUGCCUAGAGCCAGUCAC